AUGGACGAAAUGCUCGAGAUCAACUACGGCAAGCGAUUAGGAUUCAAGAAACCGAUGUGGACGUGGGUGACCGAUCAAGCUAUAAGCCUGAUGCAGAUAGAGUUGCAGCUUACCUUUGAACUGGGCCUAGCAGACAACGAAGAGAUGCCUAUGCUGUUGUGGUUUGAGGACUAUCUAAUUGGUGUUAGGUUAUAUGCCUUGCGAGAGAUGCUCAACGCAUUGGACCUAGCAUCGAAGCCACGACAUCUCCGUAGAAGCGAGCGUAAGAAUAGGCAGCUUCCUCCCCCAGAGCCUACUAACGACAUGGCCCUAUUGCAGGCCAGGAUGGAGAUCAUUCAGGGUUCAUUCCGUAUGAUGCUGGCGUUGCAGUAUAUUGGGCUUAUGAAUGCCCCGACUGAAGCUGUGGCCAAGUCGAUCGCGUCGCGGUUCGCUGUGAGGAUACAGACUAUGCUUUCUAGUUACCGUCUCCCGCACGAGCUCACCUUUGCGGACUUCCUCCAGUCGACAGCGAUGGCGGUCACUGGACAGGACCAAUCUGAUGCCAACUUGGGUCUGCAACGUGUGGUGCUGAACAGUAUCAAGUCGCUGAACGGAACAGGAUUCUACUUGGAGCAAGUUGGGAAGCGGUCGAAAGCUGAUGCUCGUACCAGGAGGGAUGUUCAGCAGAUGAGGAGGGUCAUACUUUCGAAUAUCCUGGUACUCAGACAGCUGGCCACUGGUUCUAUCGAUCAAGAGAGCACUACAGCUUGUGCUAACUUGAAGUAUCAUCCCAACCUGAUUACGGUGGUGUUGGGUAAGAAGACUGGGCAGCAGUGAUCUUCGGCGAUACUUGGCGGUGCGGAUGUUACAUUCAGCAGCUCUU